AUGAACUUUCCACAGCCUAAAGUCUCUCCAUUACCUUCGGGUAUCAACCUCCAAGGCAGAACAGUGUUGAUAACAGGUGCGACAGCAGGCAUGGGCUUAGAGACAGCGGGACAGCUGCUCAAGCUUGACGUAACGCACCUUAUCCUUGCUGUGAGGAACGUAUCAAAGGGCAAUUCUUGCAAAAAGGAGCUGCAGAAAAUCAAUGCCAACGCAGCAAUUUCCAUUCUUGAGCUCGACAUGGACGAUUACGGAAGUGUACAAGCUUUCGCCAAAACGCUGCAGGAACAAGUCCCCACGAUCGACGUCAUGCUCCUUAACGCGGGUAUUGGGCUGUAUCAUUUCGAACGUAGUCCGAGUGGACAUGAACGGGUUAUGCAAGUCAACUAUUAUUCAAACGUCCUGUUAGUUGCUACACUCUUGCCGUACCUUACAGCGAGUGCCGAGAAGACCGGACGCCCGACUCGCAUCACCUGGGUCGGCAGCCGAAUGUACUUCGACACGUCUUUGGAGAAGAAAGCACCGAUGAAGGAUAAAGAGUCGAUACUUGAGCACAUGGAUUCAAAGGACUUGUUCCUCCCUAGCCAGAGAUACAAUGACACCAAGCUUCUAUGCGCAAUGUUCCUGUACAGUCUAGCUCCGCGACUCGAUAGGAGCAAGGUUGUUUUCAACAUGGUUUGUCCCGGUCUAGUCAAGACGAAUAUGAGUGACGUCCUGCCCUUCCAUCUACGCAUGGUCAUGAAUGUCAUGAAACCUCUCCUAGGGCGACCAAUCGAGGUUGGAGGUCGCAUUCUCGUCAAUGCAGCGGUGGUGGCAGGACCGGAAUCGCAUGGCGCAUUCCUCGGAGAUAAGGACAUUAUUGAGUAUGACCUCCUUCGUCGUUGCAUUCGAAAAAUUACCUGGCAGCUAAUCAGGAAUACUCUGCAGCCCAUCUCCAUAUCUUCUGUCUCUUGCUGGCAAAGCCGACCAGGAGAAGCUGUGGAGAGAAACAGUCACAGAAAUGCAAGAGCUGACCCAGCUACCCGCCGAAUUUCUUUGAAGGAGGUCUGA